GCAGUAGUGUUCCUCCAGUGUGCUGUGCAGUUGAGUGUGAGAUGGCGUCCGGUUUGCUAGUGUUUUGACGUUUGUGAUAAACAAAUCCCAUAAAUAUUUAAACUCACCUUACCAAACAUUAGUUUCAAUCAAAAAAUUUCGGAAUAUUUUUAAUUAACAUGUUAUCCUUGAAUUCUGUAAAUGAAAUAUCCAAAUGAAUCAACUCAUCGCACCCAUGACGUAUCAAAUGGAUUAGAUAAAUUUUGUUAUGGAAAUAUUUCUUUAAUUUGGAAAAUUAAAAAGGAAACAAACGGUCACCAUGACACUAUCUAGCAGAUUAUGUAGACGAUUGUCACCAAGAUGUUUUGCGUUCUCAGCUGUGGGAUUGACGAUACUCUUAUGCAUUUAUUACACAAGUUACACGUCAGAUGUAAAUCAAAGAGUGGAUGAAACUCCACAAAGUGAUAUUUCUGGUGUUAGACAAAGUCAACGGUUUUUCCGGGAUGUUAUCAGAAACUCCGAACGAAACGUACGAGAUAAAGUUUACGAAGUAUGUCCUAAAUUAAGUGCCGCCGAAGCGGACGUAAAUACUGUAGAUAUUUUCAAAGACUUCGACUUUCAGCCAUCAUGGAUGAAGAAUAAAGAAUAUUGGGAUAAAACAUUUGAAGAUCGGUAUGAACGCCAAAAAAUGGACCCCGAACGACCACCUCUGAAGGUAAUAAUCGUACCUCAUUCGCAUAACGACCCAGGUUGGUUAAAAACCUUUGAGCAUUAUUUUCAUUCAUCUUCAAGGCAAAUUAUGAAUAAUAUGGUGGCAAAGAUGCAACAAUACAAGAAUCUUACUUUCAUGUGGUCCGAAAUAUCUUUCCUCAAUGUGUGGUGGGAGGAAGCACAUCCUAGUAAACAACGAACGUUGAAAGAAUUGGUGCAUUCCGGGAGGCUAGAGAUUACAACAGGGGGAUGGGUAAUGACGGACGAAGCCAACUCACAUUUAUAUGCUAUGGUCGACCAGCUUAUUGAGGGUCACCAAUGGGUCUCAACAAAUCUAGGAAUAAAACCGCAGUCCGGUUGGUCUAUAGAUCCUUUCGGUCAUGGCAGUACCAUUCCUUAUCUUUUAGCAGCUUCUGGCUUUAAAGGAACGGUUAUCCAAAGAGUUCAUUACGCUUGGAAACAAUGGUUAGCUAUGAAACAAUACGGGGACUUCAAAUGGAUUCCUUCUUGGUCUCCAGCUGAUCCCUUUGGAUCGAUUCUUACUCAUAACCAACCUUUUGAUAUAUAUUCAAUCAAACACAGCUGUGGCCCUCAUCCUUAUAUUUGUUUGAAUUUUGAUUUUAGAAAGGUUCCAGGGGAAUAUACAGAAUAUUCACUUAAAGCUCAAACAAUUACUGAUAAAAAUGUGAAGGAAAAAGCGGAAUUAUUACUAGAACAGUACGCUAGAACAGGAUCACUUUUUCCACACAACACGGUUUUGAUGCCGUUAGGAGAUGACUUUAGGUAUAACGUUAAAGAAGAAUGGGAUCAGCAAUAUACGAAUUAUAUAAAACUCAUAGACUAUAUUAAUGCCAACAAAGAAACUUAUAAAACGGAUAUUAGCUUUGGAACACCAGCAAUGUACUUUCAGGAAAUUAUGAAAAGAUACAAUCAGUUUCCAACAUUGAAAGGCGACUUUUUUGUUUAUUCCGAUAUAUUUACGGAGGGCCGACCUGCUUAUUGGUCUGGAUAUUUCACUACUAGACCAUAUAUGAAAUUAUUAGACAGAGAAUUGGAAAAUACACUUCGCGGAGCAGAGAUAAUAUACACUAUUGCACUCAAUAAAGCCAAACAAAAUAAAUCUGUUUCUUAUUCAAAAAUUCUAGAAAGAGACUUUGAGAAACUCAUUAGAGCUCGUAGAAAUUUAGGUCUUUUUCAACAUCAUGAUGCUAUCACUGGUACUAGUAAAUCGUUUGUAAUGAGAGAUUAUGGUCUAAAAUUAUUUGAAGGAAUCAGGGAUACCAUAAAUAUACAACAAAAUGCACUACAAAGCUUAUUAUUUCCAGAUAUCCCUAUUAAGCCUGAUCAAAGUCUUAUAUUAAGUGAUUUGGAAAGAGAAUCAUUUGAUAAAUUGCCUAGAAAAACUCCAAUACAAAUUUCUCCAGUAGGUAAUAGUCAGUCUAGAAGAAUAUUAGUAUACAACUCUUUAACAUCUCCCCAAGAACAAGUUAUACAGAUUAGAGUUAACACGAGUAACAUAAAAGUCACUGAUAGUGAAGGAAACAAUGUCUUUUACCAAAUUAAUCCUGUUUGGGAUAUGUCGGACUUUACAAAAUUAUGGAUAGCUGCAGAUGAGUAUGAAGUUGUUUUUAUAGCAAAGCUAUCAGAAUUGUCUGUUACAGUUUUUAAUAUAAUCUACGACGCGACAGUUAGUGAUAAAUUGGCAACAGUUUAUUGUAAGAAUUGUCAAAAGUCGACUACUAUUAUAAGUACUGAAAAUGACGUUAAAGGAGAAACUGUUCAAGCUAAAUUCGUUCUCAAGGAUAUGCCACCAGGAGAUAUACAGUUGGAAAAUGGUAAAUUUAAGGUACUGUUUAAUGGGGGUACAGGUUUCAUGAAGACAAUAACACGGAAGCAUAACCCUAAAAUAAUGCAAUGUGGCAUACAAUUUGCAGCUUACAGGAGCGCCCAAUUCCAUUCAGGGGCUUACCUUUUUAUGCCAGAUCCAAACGAAAGAGACUAUGAAAAAGAUGUUUUGUCUCAAUACAAAGAACAAAAAAGUAUUAUCAUUACCACAGGACCUCUUUCUACAGAAAUAUCUGUAAUUUAUGGACCGUUCCUAAUGCAUACGGUAACUAUAUAUUUAGGAGAAAACUCUUCCUUGUCGAAUGGAAUUUUUAUAGAAAAUACUGUAGAUUUUGAAAAUCCUCCAAAAAAUAGAGAGACUGAACUAUUUAUGAGAGUUAUAACUGAUAUACAGAAUGGAGAACCGCCUGAGUAUUACUCUGAUCUUAAUGGGUUAAAUAUGCAAAAGAGAAUAAAAGUUGAGAGAAUUGGCUUAGAAGGCAAUUAUUUCCCUACUACCACCAUGACUUACAUUCAAGACAAUAACGUCCGUCUCAGCCUUUUAGUCAACCAUGCCCAAGGUAGUUCAAGUUUUCAACCCGGUUUUUUGGAAGUAAUGCUAGAUAGAAGAACGUUGUAUGAUGAUUCUAGAGGAAUGGGAGAAGGAUUGACUGAUAACAGAAAGACUGUCAGUAAAUAUUGGUUAUUAGUUGAAGAUAUCUCACAAAUAAAAACAACUGAUAAUAAGCAACAACCGAAAAGGUUCGAUAAUGCUGAUGAUCCUUAUGAAAAAGAGGAUGUUGUCAGAUCAUUCAAUCUUCCUACAGAACCUUCAGACUCAACAAAACAAGAAGCCUUCUCUCGUCCAUCUUUAUUCAGUAUUCACCUCUCCAACUCUUUGAUUUAUCCAGCGAACAUAUUCAUAGUGGACUCUGAGCAUCAAGUAACAUUUAAUCAUUCUGUAAAACUGAUAAACAAACCAUUCCCAUGCGAUACGCACUUAUUAACACUUCGCACACAACCAGAUUCGAUUUAUUCUCAGUUUCCUUCUUCCAGUGCUCUUAUGGUUCUUCAUAGACAAGGAUACGAUUGCGUUAUCGGUGGAAAUUAUACUUGUGAUGUAGAUAAAUUUCAUAAAGACUUAACUUUUGAAUUUGUUAGUGUUAAAGAUAUGGAAUUGAAGACUUUAACGGGAUUAGAUACAAUUUCGAGUUUAGAUAAAUUAAGUGAUAUUUAUUUAGAACCUCUAUCUUUGAAAACUCUCAAUAUUACUUUUGGAUAAAUUAAUUUGUUUUGGCGUUGAGAUAAUGGGUUUAUAUUUUUUGAAUAUUUUUAUUUUGAAAUAUUAUCCAAGUUUCACAUCUUUAUAUGAUUUUUAUAUAAUCGACUAUUUAAUAUUAAUAUUAUUUGUUUUUAUUUGGAUCCUUGAGAAAAAAUUUAUGAAUAGAUAUUUUGAUUCAUUGUUAAAACUUCAUAAUUUAGUAUUUUCAAAAAAUGGAAGUGUUUAAAUAGUCUCAAAUAACUGGUUGAUUUCAUUUUAUACAUUUUAGAAAUGUUGGAUAAUAUUUUGAAUUGUGCAAUUAUAAACAAAAUUAAAUAUCAAAAUUUCUCUGUAGAUAAUUUGUAAAUAGUUGACUAGAGACUUCCUUAAAUUAGGUUUUGUAAUUUUCUUCCUAAUUUAUUGCAGAGGUCUAGAUUGAAUUUGAUUAUAUAAUAUGAAUGUUGCAUCUCUUUUUAAAUUGUAAGUAUGAUCUUGCCUGUAGUACAUUUUUUUAAAAAUCCCAUACCAUAUCAAUAAAUCUACUUUAAUAUUUAAAAAAAAAUUGAAAUAAAAAUGUCAGUAUCACAAACUAUAUUUUUUCUCUAUUAAACAUUGAACAGGUAAUAAAACUUUCUUUUAGUUUGCAAUUUCAUGUAGUUUCUAUUCUAUAGAGAAUAUUAGGUUUGUGUCUACAUUUUAUGUUAAUUCAUAUAAUUCGCAAUUUUUCGCUACCAUUCUUGUUGAUUAUACUAGUCAAUUUUCUUAUGGUAGAAUAACAUUUUUUAAUGGACUUCUAAACAAGAUAAAUGAAAUACUUUCAACCAAGCAUUCAAACAAAUAGCUAAAUUGUCAUUUACUAGCUAUUUUUUUCUAUUAAACAUUUAUUAUCUGUACCUACUGAUAUGGUACGGACCUAGUACAGAAUUCAUUGACAUCUCUAAUCUUUAUUAAUAAGUAUUAAAUUUCUACAACGGCGAUGCUAAGAGAAUUGAGGUAAAAAGUCUGUUUUCAAUGCUAUUGCUAAGCCUAACUCUAAAACAAUUUUUUCUUUCUUAAUACGAAAUUUUGUUUAUUAAAUUAACAAUUAUUGGUUUUGAUGCCAAAAAGUCUCUGAAUGUCCAAAUGCAGUUUGUUUACUAUACUCCAGAAUGUUUGUUGUGAAAAUUAUAUCAAACAAUCAAAAGAAGCGAGGGUCCAACCUUAUACUUCUAUCUUCAUCAUUAUUUAUCAUUAAUUCAGAGCAUUUUUUGGUAUUGGUUAUGGGAAUAUUUGGACCCAUAUACCUUUUUUAUAAUACUUCUUAGGUGAUUCCUAUUUUUUAUGUUUUUUUGGGACACACAAUUCAUUUCAGUUAAAUUUUAUUCGAAAUUUGAUGUAUAUGUAUAUUAUACUAUUUUUGAUCCUAUGAAACAUAUUCAAUAAAACAAAUCCUAUUUAUCUUAUAAAAUUUGGCGCAACCAUUAUUUUCCUCACUCCUUCUUAUAAGAUAGUGCUCAAGUAAAUAAUUUUGAAUUGUUUCUUUACUCAUUUUAGUUUUAAAAAGAAUAAUUUUUAGUAUAGUAUAAUUGAAAAUGGUAUAAUCUACAUUAUUACAAUGUAUCAUAAAAAAUAAAAUAGUUUUAAAGAAAAUACUGAAAACAAAUUAUAGUUAAAUAUAUAGCAUGUUUUUAUUGCAUUAUGUAUUGUUAAACAUCCAUUGUUGGAUUCAUUUAAUAUGUGUUAUUGAGAAUUUCUAUCCAAAAACUUUAUCAUAUAUAUAAAAUAUAAGCUAGAAAUGAAGGAAUAAACAUGAGCCGGAGUGCAGGGUAUGCAUUUAUGAUUAAUUUUAAUAAAUCUAUUACUAUUUCAAUACAUUUUUGAUAGUUAUUUUUAUGUUUGAUUCUUUGGUAGUACUUUCAUCCUAUUUUUAAGUACAUUCUUUGUAUUUAAUACUAUAGUUAGCAUCAGUUGCAGUUCAGUUUUUGACUACACUACACAAUUUACACAUGUUUUCUCUUUCGGAUCUCUAUUAAAGAAUAUGUUGUCAUAAGGAUUCAUUCAUUCCACAAAACAAAUCCUUGAAAAGUUCAGGUUUUAUAUGUGAAUAAAAUUAUUCUCUUACCACUUCAACCUCUCAGAGCAGUAGGGGAAUGUGGGGCAAAGUGUGAGGGUUAACAACCAAUUAACAGUUUUUCAUACAUAAAAAAUACUCAGUAGGAUCUCAAGCCAAUAUAAAUAUAUUUGAACAUUACUUUAAUAAAUAUCACAAGACUUGCAAUAAUGGAACUUAUAAAUUUUUAGGUUUUUUUAUUGCAGUAUAAAUACCCCACCUGUGGGGCAAAGUGAAAUAUCACCUGAACAGAGACAAAUGAUUUCAAAAUACAAGUUUAUUAUCAAAAAAAUUUUGCAAUAUUACAAUUUAUAAUAUAUUCAAAUGCUUUAAUUAAUAACAAUAUAAAUUUUUACAUUUUUAUUUUAAAAUUAUCUGCCCCCUACGCAUCAAACCUGCAUGCAUACAUUUUCCUUUUAUUUCAUGUUUAUAUAUUAAGCUUCUAUCUUCAGCUUCAGGGCAAACAAAUAUGUCUUUAUGUUUUCUAAAAUUUCUUAGAAAUGAGACCUCGGCAGAGGCAUUAUCCAAACUUAGUAUUUUGGCAGCAAAUUCUUUUUCUAUUUUCUUGUUUUCAAUCUCGACCAGAACAAAAUCACCGACCCCAUAGUUAGGGGGCUAUCAUUCCAAAGAAGUUACUGUCACAAUCUUAUUUUGAAAUAACUAAAUUGUCAACUGCAAAACAUGCUACUAUAUUAAACAUGUUUUUUUCUUCCUGUUCUGUGUUUAUCCUUCAUUGCCAAUUAUUUAUUGGUAGUGUUCCAUUUAUAACUAACAGUUAAGAUGAAUAUGUCCUUAACUGAAAUAGUUUCUCAUUUUUUAAUGCAAUGCAAAAUUUUUCCAAUAUUUCCUACGUUUUAGUUCAAUCCAAAGUGAUAAGAAAAGUAUAUUUCAAUGACUAUAUCUGGAUUUGCAUUAUGUUAUUGAUAGAAAAUUAUUGGAAAUAAUUAAUGUGAUGUAUAAUUUUAGUAAAAAUAUAAAAUGGUUAUAUUUGUAUCAAUAAAAGAUAUCUACGUUGGUCUCUGUAUUGUGAAUUAGAUAUUGGGUGUAGAUUUUUUGUAAAAGUUAUUUUUAUUUUUACAAAUAAAAUUUUACAAAUUU